UUCCAGGUUAGUUUCACGUGGGAAUAAUAAAUUCAACUGUAUCAAACACAGCAGACAAUCUAAAAAUGAGUAACCCAGACCACAUGGCCUUUAUUUUAUAUCAUUAAAGGAAAUUACAUUCUUAUAAAAAAUACAUGUUUUAUUUAUAUAUAUAAAUUUAUAAUACCCAUUUUUCUUUUCAAUUAUUAUAGACCUAAUAUUGUUCUUGAAAUAUAUGAAAAAUGGAUGUACAAAAAAAGAAGAAGCAUUAUUAUCAAAACAGUGGUAACAGUCAUAAGAAACGUAAACAAUUCAGUCUAGAACCAGGUUCAAUGGGUUUCUUAUGCACAUGUAAUUUUCGUGAAAAAGAUUGUGUACGUGAUGCUUACAAAUUACUUAAUGAAUUUGCCGAUGAAAUUUAUGGAUCAGAGGCUACAAAGGACUCAGAUAAUGAUAAUACCAAAACUCCUGUAGCAAAAGAUGAUUCUAUUAAUGAUACAGACCCAGAUGAUGAGGAAGAUAUAUCAACUUCUUUGAAUAAAGAAAUUAAUGAAUUAAAAGCAGAAUACGCUAAACCAGUGAAUGCAAGAAGGUUCCAGGUAGUCGAUACUGGUGUGAAGAAUGUAAUUUUCAUAAGGACAUCUUUGUUGAAUCCUUUAGAAUUAGUUACUAAAAUUAUUACAGAGCUAGAUAAAACUAAACAACAACGUACAAGAUAUAUAUUAAGAUUAAUUCCUAUUGAAGUUAUAUGCAAAGCAUAUAUGAAUGACAUAAAGCAGAAAGCAGACACAGUUCUUGAGAAGUACUUUGCACAGGAACCAAAAACCUUCAGCAUUGUAUUCAAUCGCCACAGUAACCACAAUAUACAUAGGGAGGAAGUUAUUAAAGAUCUAGCUGAAAUAAUACACAAAAAGAAUCCUGGAAAUAAAGCAGAUCUAAAGAAUCCAGAACUUGCUGUAAUAGUGGAAGUAAUACGUGGUGUUUGUCUUAUAUCUGUUUCUCCAAAUUAUUACAAAUUUAAGAAAUAUAACUUAUUAGAAAUAUGUAAUGUAAAGGAACCUGUAAAUAAUGCAAAGAGAAUAAAGACUGAAGAAAGCCUAGAAUCGAAAGACAGUGAAAAAGAUCCAAAGCAGAAUGAAAUUUUAUUAAAAGAAACAGUUGAAGAUAAAGAAUAAUCAGUGACCAUGACUGUAUUACAACAUUUUUAAAUUAUGUAAAAUUAAGUUACUUUCCUGACAAAUUUAUACUUCGAUAGUUAGUAGUAUUUUAUAAUUAUAUUUCAUAUAAAAAAGUGUCUUAUACAAAUGUAAAAAUGUAUGUAAGAUAUAGGUCUUAUAUUAAUAAAUAUUAACAUCGAAA